AUGGCUGUCGCUGCUGUGCCGUUCCGGGCCGGCUCGACCUCGUUCCUCCCCCGGCUUUUCGCGUUGUCGCCCUCAAUGUCUUCGCCUUUCAGAUCUACUCUCGCCUCACGCUCAUUAAUAUCAUCACGGUCAGUCCGCAUCGCAUCUCUUUUCGCACACCGGCUCGCAGCCGCCACCCCUCUCCUCCCCGCCAUCUCUCUCUCGCUGCCAUCACUACCAUCCCUUCUGGGCGACAUCUGGGAAUCGAUCCUCCGGGCGGUGCCAAAAAAGAAAACAUCGCACUCGAAGAAGCGGAGUCGGCAGAUGGCGGGCAAGGCGCUGAAGGAUGUCAAUUCGCUGUGCAAGUGCCCUGCCUGCGGGCGGACAAAACGGAUGCACCACAUGUGCCCUUACUGUUUGGAGACUAUUCGUGACAUGAUGAAGAAGCGGUUAUAG